GAGAAAGGCCGAAGGCGGGUACUCCUGAGUCCUGAUCAUGAUGAUUGAAAAUCUUUUGUUGGUGAAGAGAAUGCUGGAAAACGCUAGACCUAUCUCCUCUGCCCACCGAUUUCUCUCUCUAUAUAUAUCGCCAUCGUUAAACUUUCAUUCAUCAAUCAGUGAAGUAAGUUUCAUAAGUGCUCAGUAAUCAUCUUCUCUUUAUUCUAAAAGCUCCCCAAUCAAUUUCAUCUCAAAUUUCCAAAGUUUCCGGCUUCCUGAAAAAUGUCGUUGAUUCCAAGCUUUUUCGGUGGCCGAAGAAGCAGUGCAUUCGAUCCAUUCUCAAUGGACAUCUGGGAUCCAUUGGCCAACUUGUCAAGCCCAGCAGUACAGGACACAUCAGCAUUUGCAAGUGCCAGAAUUGAUUGGAAAGAGACACCCGAAGCCCAUGUAUUCAAGGCGGAUCUUCCAGGCCUGAAGAAGGAGGAAGUUAAGGUGGAAGUCGAAGAAGGCCGGGUUCUUCAGAUCAGCGGAGAGAGGAGCCGGGAGAAGGAAGAUAAGAACGACAAGUGGCACCGUGUGGAGAGGAGCAGCGGCAAGUUCCUUCGCCGGUUCAGGCUGCCGGAGAAUGCCAAGGUGGAUCAGGUCAAAGCCACCAUGGAGAAUGGUGUCCUCACUGUGACUGUUCCAAAAGAAGAGGUUAAGAAGCCUGAGGUUAAGGCCAUUGAAAUUUCUGGCUAAACAGUAAACAUUAUACCCAUCUUCUUCUUCACCUGAUUCUUCUAUCAUAUGAAAAUCCUGUUCCUGUUUUCCUGUGGAUGUUUUGUCUCUGUUUGUGUGUUGAGAUGAUGAAAUCGGUGUGUUUUGUUUAUGUGACUUGAAAAAAAUAAAGCCUUGUAUUUGUGUAUGUGUCACAGAUAGUCAUGGUUGUUCAUUGCACUGAAAAUUGAACGUUUUCUUCGUUGAAUUGAUAGUCCUGCGUCUUGUCUUCCAAGUUUUCAUAUUUUUUGCUUACCCAUUCCACCAGAAGGGAAUCACAACGGCAACAAACAAUUACAAUAUCAUCGCAUGCCUUUUAGAACUCACAGCAGUAGUAACUACUAAGACAACUUUGGACUGGUCUUGGUGCAACCAAACCACAAUUCACAAUGCUGCUUUAAAAUGAUUCACAAUAAGUUCUAAUCAGGCUACUCUGGAGAUAACGCAAUUUUAUGGUCGGUUUAGGCGCAAUUUUCUGGUCGGUGAACAAUUUAUAAUUUGGCACGGUGCAUGUGCAUACGA